AUGGUUUGCAAUUUUAACACAAACUGCACUACAGAUGAGUGUUCUGAUGAUGUUACUGAUAUCAACACAUGUGAUUGUAAUGACAAAAAUAUAAUUUUAACUGAAUCUGGUCUUUUGCCUACUGAUUUUUAUAUAUGCUCAACCCAUUUCAACCAAUUAUUGAAAAGAAACUCUGAUUUGAGAAGGAGAAAAGUAUGUCAGCUUCCUACUUUGAUUAGUGCACAUCCUCCAGUAGCAUCACACUCUGUUGUUGGUGUAAAAAAGCCAAAGCCUAGCCGCAAUAUCAUCAUCACUGAUGUAGAAAAGAUUCAGAAGUGUUAUGGCCUCACACUUCCUAUUGGAACACCUGCAUGCACUAGCUGCCUGAUUAAAAUUUCCAAGCAGUCCACAGAGAUAGAAGCUGAAAGUCUUGAUCAUGGAAAGUGUGAAGAUGACCAGAUUCAGCAAUGCACAAAAUUAAAUACAGAUGAUGAAACAUAUCUCAUGGAGACUGACCAGUUGGAUGUGUUAACAGAAAAAGAAAAUAUUUGCGAUAAUCUUAUUGAAAUUUCAGCAUCCGAAUAUACAGUUACAUCAGAAGAGUCAGGAAGUCAAAAUUAUUUAUCCCAGUCACAACAAUCAGUCAGAAGUUAUGAACGUUGCAGCUACUUGACAUCUUUGAAUGAUUUCUUGUCAUCAGUCAGAUUGCAGGAAUUCUCAGAAAAAGAAAGAAAAACAUGGCAGUCCUACACAUUUAAAACAAGAAACACCUACAAAGAAAGAUUUGAUGAGAUUAUGAAAUUGAUAAUAGGAAUUUUAUUUCCAAAUGAUGUUGAUGAAGUAAUUGAUGACAUAAAAUGUCCCAAGCAGUUAAAUGAAGAAAACAGAACUAGUCAUACAGAGUACAAAGAUAUUGUCACUUCAUACAGAAAAGCAGAAUCCUGGCAACAAGGUAGACAAGUUCUUUCAGUUCUUGCCUCAAGAAUGUCCUUCAAGGACUUACUGUCUCUACUACCAGAAGUCACAUCUCAUCGCUACUAUGCUGCUCUCAGUCAUUCAAAGAAAAUUGGGCCAGCACUUCCAAUUCCUGAGAAAAAAUUGCAUCGACAAAAAUUAGAUCCUGAAAGAUUAGACGCAUUCUUAGAUUUCAUUACAUCCAGUCAUGUUGUCCGUGAUCUGCCUUUUGGGGAAAAAAAAACUGAAGUUUUCAGAUGGAACAGUCCACAAUUUACCUAACAUUGUACGUUGCAUGGGUUCAGCAGACAUAAUACAGCAGUACAAAGCAUACAGUCAGGAAAAUGAAAUUUCACUUUUAGGUGACAGUACCAUGUUUAAAAUACUUGCCCAGUGUGGUGCUAAAGUCAGAAAAAGCCUUGAAGGACUGGACUAUUUUGUAGCAGAAGGAGGACGUGCCUUCAUUACCUUUCAAGAUGUCUUAGACAAAUUGCUG